AUGCUCAAAAGGACGAGAAGAGAAGAAGAAGAAGAAGAAGAAGAAGAAGAAGAAGAAGAAGAAGAAGCAGAGAUCUACUACUUUUCUUUCUGCUGCUACGGGGAGGUUUCUUUUUGUUGUUUAGUGUCCCUUUGA